AUGGAUCGCCCUUCUUUACCUUCACAUUCAUCAGUUAUCACACCGCCCCUACAUGACUGCGACAACAUUCACAGGUUAGCCAAGCUUAUCACUCAAGCUAUGCUAUGGACUUUUUCCAUCCUGUACUAUGAUGCAAAGUCAAAAACAAUGGUUGAUUGGGAUUGGCCCGCUGAUGACGAGAAUAACAUGAUUCUGCCUGAUCAGUUUGAGAACUAUAGAAAAGAACGCAAUCUCAAAUAUCCUUGCUGUGUUUGCACCGAUGGAACUCAACAAACCUAUGUAGAGGCUAUUGUAUAUCCUUGGUGGAAUGAGACAACAAGAACUUGGGUUUGGAUAACUAGAUGUGCAACGGAUCGUUGCACAUAUGAAGCUACCAUCACAAAGCACUCGCGUAUAUCAACACAGAGGCUUAGCUCAUUUACCAGCGGUGGAAUCAGCACAGAGGAAUUCAGGACAUUGUUCAAAUCCUGUGUAGAUGGACUAAGAUGGUGGAUUGAUUGCCAGUCAAACCCCACACUUCAAUUUGAACUCAGAUUGUUGCUCUUCCUACUGGAAGAACACGUCUACUCUGGUGAUUUAUGGCGCCUUGUUAUGGCACGCCAGAUAGAAGUCAUGCAAGAAGAAAGGUUGUAUAAGAUACAACCACAGAAUUGCACCGGCACAGAUCGUUUUGCAAAGGAACUAGAGCUCUUGGAAGACAAGAAGGAUAGGGCUCAGUUGGAAUUAUCCCUAUACUCUCAGGCCAUGGAUGUCUUUCGUCCACACUUACGAUGCAAUACGACUGAUGAAUCCGCAUCCAUCACCUCUAGACUCCUGAUUUUAUAUAAGAUGCUGGUGUUACCUGAAAUUGCCUGUCACCCUUACAGGUUGGUCAGUACAUGGGUGGAGGAAUGCAUGGAGGAAUAUUACAUGGAUGAUAGAGCGACAGAAGGAGCUUCUUUGCAGAUCCUCAUAUUACAAGCUGGUGAAUUAUCUGACUCUGAGGCUGACAUGUGUUUGAUUGAUGCAGAGUUAUCCUUAAUGCAAUCAAGAUAUCGCUGUGCUCAAACUGAGGUGGAACUCCUCUCAGAUGCCAUACAAUACCUCAUAGAGAGCAACACCAAAAAGCAGCAGUUAUUUGAGUCAUAUGUUAACCAGCAGAAGCUUGAGCUCAUCGUUGUCAGGCACCUGACAAUGAUGAGCUCAAUGCUUACAUAA